AAAUAUGCAAUUGAUAAUCGAGAAAAUCUUCUUAUUGGAGCCAGAGCGGACAAUUAGUGUGUGUGGUUGUUCAGAGGAAUCAACAGGAGUACUAAAGAAGGCAGAAAGUGAAUACAAGGGACGUUGCUCCCUGCUUAUGCGAACCAGAAACCUAAUCUCCACAAUGCAGCAGCAGGAUGUCUUUGACAGGUUGAUAGUUGUGGUUGGGUUUCUCCUCUUCUCUUGUGCGGUUCUAUAUGUUGUCUCGCAACGUAUUGGACUCCUCAAGUUGCAGAGAAAGGUUUCUGCUGCCAUCAAGGCAGGGAUGGCUGGACAAGGAGGGAUGAGACCUCAAACUGCAGAAGAUGCCAUUAAUUUCAUGCAUCUUCAUGAAAAUGUAGUUCCUGAUGUGGAGGUUCCAUUACAAAAUAUGCGUGAUGACCUCUAAUCAC